AUGGCUCGUAUGCACAGUAAGGGUAAAGGUAUCUCCUCCUCCGCUAUUCCAUACUCUAGAAACACUCCAGCUUGGUUCAAGUUGUCUCCAGAGGCUGUUAUUGAGCAAAUCAUCAAGUAUGCCAGAAAGGGUUUGACUCCUUCUCAAAUUGGUGUUUUGUUGAGAGAUGCCCACGGUGUCACCCAAGCUCGUUUCAUCACUGGUAACAAGAUCAUGAGAAUUCUAAAGUCCAACGGUUUGGCUCCUGAAAUUCCAGAAGACUUGUACUACUUGAUCAAGAAGGCUGUUUCCGUCAGAAAGCACUUGGAAAGAAACAGAAAGGACAAGGACGCUAAGUUCAGAUUGAUUUUGAUCGAAUCUAGAAUCCACAGAUUGGCCAGAUACUACAGAACUGUCUCUGUCUUGCCACCAAACUGGAAGUACGAAUCCGCUACUGCUUCCGCUUUGGUUAACUAG